GUGAGCUAACAAUCUCUUCCACUUUACUAUCCCUCAGCUAGUUAGCAUCCCCUUUUACUCCUCAUACAAAACCACUGCUGUGUGAGUCCUCUCCAGCUCUGAAUUGAAGAAGUGGUGAUGAAGGCAGCAAGAUUUUGAGUAAAGACUUUAUGAAGUAUUCUGCUAAUCUAGAGAAACUGGGAGGAUCUUUGGACUCCCUCACCAUCUGUCUGGUGUUGCUCCCAGACAGUGAUUUCUGGUUUCCAGUGGGUCUCCAACUACGAGAUGCCAUGCCAUCGUGCUUGCGUGGUCACACUGCUACCUAUGACCCAGACACCAAGCGUAUCUACAUCUUUGGGGGCAUAAGGGAGGACAAAGACUACAGCAGCAUCUACAUCCUGGACACGGUCACUUGGAAAUGGCUCCUUGUGGCUGCAUUCAGCUACUCUACUGAGGAACAAGCUGCUGAUUUUUGGGGGUCAGAGGACUUCUAUCUACCUCAGUGACAUGCAUAUCUUGGAUCUGGGUUUCAUGGAGUACACACCAGUCCCUCGCCUCGCAGGACAGCCUUCUGCACGUUGUUUCCACGCUGCUAUGUCUGUGUUGGACCAGAAGGUUCUGAUCAGUGGAGGCUGCAAUGCCAAGGGAGCCCUACAGGAUGCCUUUGUUUUCCACCUAGACACUCUUGCAUGGAGCACAGUGAUCCACCAUGACCUCUGCUCUGUGCCCCGAGCUGGCCACACAUUGCUUGACCUGACUCCUGCCCACCUGAAGCAUGUGGACAAGGAGAACAAAGAUGAGCAUAACCUGCAUACAGUGUUGGUCUUUGGAUGGUCCAACUGUGCUGGGACCUUCUACAACAGCACAGUCAAGAUCCAGCUGGACCUAGAAUAAUGCAGAGGACUGAGAACAAGUCUGAAAGAGCAAAGGCUCUUUGCCAGGUUAAAUACAGACAGGGAUGGCAAUAAAUUUAUCU